UAGGAUGCUGAGCAGAACAGAACACAGAGGCGUGUGCAGGCUGCUAUCAUCAGUGAUGUCUGGAACAGAGUCUCAUACAGACAGAGAGGAGGACUACAGGUUCCUCCACAGCAUGCUGAUGGAGAAGAAGCUCCACCUGCUCUUUAAGAUCCACGAACGGCUGAAGCGUUUUGAGAAGCGGAGCCCAAUCCCCGUCCAAGAGCACGCAGCGAGUCUGGCCUCAGAUUUGGCAAAGGAGCUGAUAUACCAAGGCUGGAGAGAGGAAGUCAAAGAACUGGUUGCCCUCUUUUCUAAACCAAACUUUAAGAGUCUGCUGUCUGUCCAUGACACUGUGGCACAGAGGGACUUUGAGCCGAUUCUGCCACCAUUACCUGACGAUGUGCUGGAGGAGGACAAGGACGCAGUCAAAAUUGUCAGUCUGGUCAAAACCAAAGAUCCCCUGGGGGCCACAAUUAAGAGGGAUAAAUCCUCCGGGGCCAUUGUUGUGGCGAGGAUCAUGAGAGGAGGUGCAGCCGAUAAAAGCGGCCUGAUCCAUGAAGGGGAUGAGCUGAAAGAGGUGAAUGGAGUCUCUCUGGAGCGCAGGAAGCCAAAGGAAAUCCUUCCUCUUCUGGCUUGUGCUCAGGGCGAGGUUACAUUCAAGAUCAUUCCUGCCUCCUCCAAGGAAGAAAUGUCCUCAAAUAAGAAGCUGUUUAUGCGAGCUCUUUUUGACUACGAUCCCGCUGAGGAUCCCACCGUCCCAUGCAAGGAUGCAGCAGUGGCUUUUAAAAGAGGCGACGUCCUCCAGAUUGUCAGCAUGGAGGACGACACCUGGUGGCAGGCCUGUCACCUCGGGGACAGAGACACUCGGGCAGGGCUCAUUCCCUCACAGCAGCUCCAUGAGAGGAGAGUUGCACUGCAGCGACCUAAAGCCCUGUUCAAGCCUCGACGAGUCAAACCACCAGAUGAGGGGGAAGUCAUGGAGGAUGUCGACUACGGAGCUAUAACAGGGAUCCACAUUGCUGGUUUAAGGCGGAGUUUCCGACUCGGGAGAAAGAGCAGUUGGACCAGAGAAGCAGCGCGGUCCAGGAGGUGGAGCACAGGGGUGCAUGGCUCAUUUCGCCCCCCUACCUACAUAGAGGUGAUCCCCUACCACAGAGACCCUAAGGACAGACACCGACUGGUUGUUCUGGUUGGGCCCAGCGGCGUUGGCGUUAAUGAACUGAAGAGGAGGCUCCUGAUCUCCGAUCCUGACCGCUAUGGCGUCACCGUACCGCACACCACACGUGAGAAGAGACGGCAGGAGAACGAAGGCGUGGAUUACCAUUUUGUGCCAGUUCACAUAUUUGAAGAGGAUAUUCUCAAUCAUAGGUUUGUAGAAUAUGGGAGAUAUGGAGGACACUACUAUGGAACGAGUGUAGACUCUGUGCACAGAGUGAUGGCUGAAGGCAAGGUGUGCCUCCUUGAUGUGCACCCUAGUAAAAUAAAGCAUGUGUACACAUCUGAAUUCAAACCAUACGUGGUGUUCGUGAAGCCCCCGCGCAUCGAGGAGCUGCGCCUCACCAGGCGGAGAGCUAAAUUCAUCUGCGAUGAAGACGACAAGAACUCAGUCAGGAUCUUUUCAGAGGAGGAUUUCGAGGACAUGAUUAACUUGGCCGAAACCAUGGAGAGCCAGUGCGGUCACCUGUUUGACAAGGUGAUCGUUAACGGAGACAUCGCCGUGGCGUUCAGGGAGCUGAGGGCCGACCUCGAGAAGGUGUUAGAGGCAGAAGUUCACUGGAUUCCUGCAGAGUGGAUCUGCUCCUCGCCGAAAAAAGCACGGAGAAGCUGUGGUCAUUUGGACAGCUGGAUUUGAACUAUGAGCUCAGAAAGAAACAAAGAAGAGCCUAAAAAUAAUGUCUGACUGACUGAUCCUAAGUCCCGCCCCUCUAAGUUACUGUAGCAAAGUCUGACAUGCUUGACAAAAAGAAAUAUGGCGAUGGCGGUUUUGUUUAGCUUGGUGCUGAAGUGCUAGUUUCUAGGCAUAAGGCAAUAUAGCUUCAAGAAGCAGACAGCAAGGAUGAUGUGAUGACGGGAUAUAUUCACCAUAUUAACGUUUAUAAACAUGGCAAAUUGUUGCAAAUUCCGGUUUCAAUGUAAAAGAAAUAAGAAGAGACAGAGAAUGAUGUGACUACCAGUCAACAUCAGGUGCGUUUACAUGGAGCUAAUGUUUCACAACCACCUCAACUUGAAGAGACUGGCCCAAUUAGAUAGGACAGUUUGAUUGGAUUUUCGUUCUAGAGAGAGAGAGGGGUCCGUCUUUUGAUCUGCUUCAACACUCUUUGUGUCUACAUUAAAGUGUUGUUGUUAGCUCAUUGUCACAGUGGUUCACUCUAUGGUGAAGUAUAACAGGAAAUAAGAGAACCUGACUGAGGUUCUACCGUGUUGUUUGCUCAACUGUUACUGGAGCACAGAGCGAAAAGGGGCGGGACAUGGGAAAGGCUAACUGUAUGUAGUUCGAAUUCAACACCUUAAACCUUGAAUUUUUGUCAUAUUUUAAAUAUUUUUCCGUUUGUAAACAGGUCCAGUCAUUACCACUGUUUUCCACAGUGUCUCUUAGUGUGCAUCUAAUUAGGCAGAAUCCAUCUCUCUCCCUCCGCCUGUCCCUCAGCCAGUUCUUCUGUUGGCAUUUGGCUGAAAUAACGUCGGCUCGCAGGAUGGAGAAGAAGAAGAAGACGAAAGGGAAAAAAAAGGAAACUCUCCAGAGCUUGUGGCUGAGCGUAAUCCUUCCCUGCCAAGUCGCAAACAUCAGCAUGUAAUUAUUCUGACAGCUGCUGCACUUCAAUUAACUGUAAUGUACACCAGAGAAAUAUUAUUAGUAGCAGUCAGGGAGGCGUUUAGCCAACGACGUGCUGUACAAAAUACAGACACAAAUAAGAUAACAGUCAAUUAAAGACUGUAGGUGAAGAAAAUUGUUUUACGGCUUUAGUUUCAGAAUUGUAUAUGUAUUAUAAAUGAGAACUAAAGAUGCUGUUAAUAGUGUGUCAUAAUUAUUCAACUGUUGACUCUCUAGAAAUGUGGUUGUUUAAGAUUUUUAAGGGUUGAAUGUGUAUUUUAAAGCACCCUGCGCUGAAAAUCUACUUCAUUAUGGAUCAUUUACUGUAAAGAAUAUACAAAAACAUACUGAGACAAUUAAGAAUAAUUACCAGAAACUCACCAUUAGUGACACUUCAUAAACAAAUCCUCAUAUUUGAGCAUCACAGCCGCCUGCCGGGUGCAGUUUCUACUAUUCUCCUUCACACAAGCUGCUUGAUCCCGUUCUCUUUAACGCUUGCAUUCCUCCACAUUCAUGGUGUUUCCUUCCUCUUUUUGGAUGCUGUGCUAAAUUGGGUGUGAAGGAGUGUUAAUGUGUCUAUCAUGUCGUGUUUGGGAGGAAGAGGGAGCAGCGUGAUGUGGGGAGACGGUAAUGGCUUUCUAGGGAGUUGGGCCUUUGCAGACAUACGGGGAGAAAGUUACGACCGCACAUAAAAGCUUACUGUAAAAGGCUGUGCAUGGCGGAUUAGGAGCACGCCAUUUUGUCUCAGGUAUUUAUUUUACUUUGGCAGGCUCUCGUCAGAAAUAGAUGAGUGGGGAUGCACUCGUUGGCGUGUCUGUCUACACAACCAGACUGUCGGGACACAACGGUCACACUUGUGCCAGGCCUGAAGCGCGACCUCAGCCAAAGCGUGGCAGUAUAACUUCAUCACACCACUGAGAAUCUGCAGGCACCCUCUGAGAUCAUAACGAUGCCAUUUAAGACACCGGAGUGAUCCAAUGAAAACCCACCGUUUUAUGUUCACUGCAGCUCCCACUUCAAACAUUACACAGAAGUAUGAUGUCAAUUGGUCUCGGAUAAUUUGGCUCACUCAUGUAACUGUCUACUGAAAGUAUGUAAAAAUAAAUAGGACUGAUGUUAAACAAUA